AAUUAUAUUUCUAAUGAAAUGAAAUAGCCAUUAAAAGGCUAACUCUAUGUAGAAAGAAAGGGUUGACAGCAGCAGCAGCAGGAACGCAGCUGAAACACAGCUGGUGUGAACAUCCGACGCGUCAAUCACGCAGCCGCUACGCGUUCGUGAAGUUCCCUGUUUAUCCCGAGCGUACACGUCAAUUUGUCUCAUCAUCUUUAACUUUCACUUUAUAUUACUUGCAUGUUAUGAUCAAAACAAGAGAAGAAUCCUGUCCAGAGAGGAUAUGUUGAUAGUAUGUUUCAGUUGGGCUCAUGUACAGUAUAUAGGCCAGCUCCUUAUUCAUUUCAAGUAGGCUCUGGCAAAAAACCUGGGGUUGUCUGACAAAAAGUUGUAGAAAGUUGUAAAUACUUGCCCCAAUGGACAAUGGGCGUCAACUGGCAACGUACUGCAUCAAGCAAUCAAAUACAUGCAAGCACUUUGAAUGGGGCGAUUCUACUGUUAACCCUGCGAUUGCUGAUGACCCGUGAUAACUUUCCAGUGUUGUAAAAUGUUUCCUCAUUGUAUCAUAAACUGAUGCACAGUGUUUGUAGCCUCAGACAUGCCUAAUCAAACCUAUGAAUUUGUUACUUCCUGUAUCCUAAUUCAUUGUCUCACUGGUAAUUGACAGAAUGGUUUUAACACAGUGCUAUUUCAGUUCCUGUGUGGGUUUAGGCUUAGGACUAGAGUCAAAAAGAGGUUUACUUUAGGACAAGACUUUAGGGUUAGUAUUAAUUAUACUCCAUUUUUCCUGUUUCCAUUGGUUACAAUAUUAGCUAUGGCUUUCUAUUAAGAAAAAGCAUGUAGUGCCUUAAACCUGCAUUAUUUCUAAUAGCCAGCAGGGGGCGCCUCCUCCGAUUGCAGAAAGAAGUCUGAUUGUAUAGAAGUCUAUGAGAAAAUGAACCUAAUUUGAUGCAUUUGAAAUGCAGGUGACAACAUGGCAUACAGGAAGGUGUGCGAUGACCAGGGUGGCCCGAUGGUCGGUGAGGUUCUGCACUGCUCCGGAAGUCUGGAUCUCGACUGGGACCUGGACAAGGAGGAGCUACAGAAACCAGGACCCAGCAUGGACCGCAUGCAGAUGCAGCACAUAGACUGCCAGAGAUCAGGGUGUUCAGACCCCGGCCCUGAUCCUGACCCUGAGCUGAUGGAACCCAUCCAGCCCUCUGUCUCGGUUUCACCACAUGGACGAUUUGAACGACUCCAGGAAGAUCCCAACUACAUUUCCCACUUCACCAGGGCUCCGGGCCAUAAAGGCCAACGACGACUCCACUGCUUCCUGCUCAGGUACUUCCUGGCAGGGGUGGGGCUGUUUGUCCUGGGUCUCCUGAUUGGCUGGUUCACUCACACAUCUACCGUCAAACCGCCUGCUCCUCCAUCCGACAGCUCAGAUCUGCUGGAGGAGCUGCUGAAAGGAAUCACGGCCGACAAGAUAAACGCUCUUCACAGGUCUUACUCCAGCCUAUCAGACGACAGUGAGGAAGCUAGAGCCAGGUACCUCUCCAGGCAGUGGGUGGGACUUGGUUUGACUGAGGUCCAUCUGUCCAAUCACACAGUUCUGCUCAGCCUGCCCGGUUCCACACCCAACACCAUCACCGACAGCUCUAGCCACCAGUGUUUUCUGCCAAACGGGACCCCCUGUGACCAGCGUGGACCAAAUGACCUGCCCAAGCAGCAGUUCUCCUACGCGGCCUACUCUGCUGUUGGAAGUCUGCAGGGGGAGGUGGUGGACGUCCAGUACGCCGGCGUGGAGGACCUCAGGAGAGCCAAAGACAGCCUGAACCUCACCAACCAGAUUGCUGUGGUCAAGCUUGGCCAAGCACCUUUGCUGUACAAGCUAUCCCUACUGUCUGAGCUGGGUUUUGGAGGCGUCCUGCUUUACAUUGACCCAUGUGAUGCUCCUUCUGACCGCCACACCUGGCAUCAAGCCUUCAGAGUAACUCUCAACCCUGGAGGAGACCCUGCCAUCGAUGAGGUGUCAAGAGAUGCUGGAGGAAGUCUGACAUCUCUAUUGGUUCAGCCCAUCUCUGCCUCCCUGGCAAAAACGUUACUGUCCUCUCCACCACCGGCAGGAGGACUCCUGUAUUCUCUAGCCACGCCUCCCGACACAGAACGAAAGAAGAUCACUCUGACUGUUGAAAACCAGCUGUCCUCCAAGAAGAUCUACAAUGUCGUGGGAUACCUGAAAGGAAGGAGAAACCCAGAUCGCUAUGUGCUGGUUGGCAGUCGUCAUGACAGCGACCAGGGAGGCGGGGCUUCAGCCAUCAUGAAUCAGCUCAUCGCAGCGCUGACAGAGCAGACCAAACGAGGAUGGGUGCCAGACCGUACCACUGUGUUUUGCUCGUGGGGAGGCUCAGCCCUGGGGAACAUCGGGUCCUAUGAGUGGGGAAAGGAUAACAGUGUUAUUCUACAGAGCAGUGCAGUGGCCUACGUCAGUCUGAACGCUCCAGUUCGAGGGACAGAGACUCUCCAAGCUACGGCUUCUUCAACACUGCUGCAACUCACUUCAGAUAUACAGAGAAGACAGUUGCUGAGUUGCAUUCGUGGCGGGAACUGCCCCGGACCCAACGUCAGCUCGCUGCAGUUGCCUGGAGAUGCGAAUUUCUUUGCCAACCAACUGGCUGUGCCCACCAUGGAGUUUGCCUUCCAGCAGACCAAAGCAGAAGAGACCACCAGUUUCCCGUUGGAAGCCCAAUUUUCUGCUGAGUCACCAGAGAACCUGGAUCCGCUUUUCAAGUUCCAUGAGACCAUUGCUAAGAUGACAGCUGAAGCCAUUCUCCGACUGGUCAAUGAUCCUGUGCUGCCAUUCUACCCUCUGGACAUUGCCCUGGAUGUUCAAAACAAACUCAAAGACAAGAGUGCGGUAACUCAGCCCAUGCUGUCCUCAGCCUCCUCUCUGAGAGACCACGCAGCUUUCUUCCAGUCUGAAAUGAUGCGGCCAGCAAAUGACCCUAAAGAGCGUGACCCCUCCCACGUGCGGAUGCUGAAUGAUGUACUCCGUGACCUGGAGAAGAGUUUCAUCAUCCCACAGACACCGCCUGGAGUGUACAGGAAUCUGUUAUACAGCCUUCCAGGGAAGACUGCCCAGUUUUCCAUCCUCAGGUUCUCCCAGGAAGCUGUCCUGCAUUGCAACGUGACCAGCAAAGCAGUCAAACACAACUCUGCAGACAAGGAAGUACUUUGCAACAGCACCAGGAACCAGUCUCUGUCCCUCAUCCUCCGGGCCAUCCGAUCAGCUGAGAGGCUGGUGUGUUUCGGCUUGGAAUUGUUUGAAAAUUACCCAAACGACAAAAAAUGAUCUUGGCCGACGCAGAACCCACCAGUGAGCUCGGAUGCACUCGAGAACAAAAACCUGCCGCUGAUCAAGUCAAUAAUAAGUUUAAAAAUAUUGCAAAUAUUAAAACAUGAUUGAGCCCCCCCCCUCCCCCAC